ACCGAGAGGAAGAGAAGAAGAAGAGCUGCAGCUUUACAGCCUGAGCUCUUGCUAAUCAUUUCUACACUGCAAUAAUCUGACAGGAUUUAUUUAAACUACACAGUAACAAUCUUAUCUAGUGUGUGUGUGUGUGUGUGUGUGUGUGUGAGAGAGAGAGAGAGAGGUGAUUAACUCCGCUCUGCUUUAAAUCCUGAGCGUCUGGAUCAGCUGGGUGAGGACAUGCAGACGGACGUGUGCAGCACUUCCGAUGGAAGAACAUCGAGCUCGGUGGGACACGUCGCCUCUGUGGACCAACAGAACAGAGAACCCUGGAAGAAACCUCUGAAAGAGGAAGAAACUGAUGAAGAUGAGGAUGAAGAUUACUUCUAUGGAGGAACUUGCAGCUCUGUGAAAGACGCAGAAGAUCAUCAGAACGCAGAAUUCCAGAUACUUAUAAAAGAAGAAGAACCUGAACAUGACGACAUUCUCUACUGUGAGGACUGCAGAUCUUUCUUCAUCAACAAGUGUGAGGUUCACGGUCCGGCUCUCUUCAUCCCGGACAUCGCGGUUCCACUGGGGGUCGCUGACCGGGCCAGACAAACCCUUCCUCCCGGUCUGGAGAUCCGGAAGUCCAGUAUUCCCGACGCAGGCCUGGGAGUGUUCAACAACAGCGACACUAUUCCAGUCGGCGCUCACUUCGGGCCCUACCAGGGAGACACGGUGGACCGAGAGGAAGCCAUGAACAGCUCCUACUCCUGGGUGAUACAUAAGAGUGAGCAGAGUGAAAAAUACAUCGAUGCCACGUCAGAGCUGCAUUCUAACUGGAUGAGGUACGUGAAUUGCGCCCGUAAUGAUGAAGAGCAGAAUCUGGUGGCGUUUCAGUAUCGAGGUGGGAUCCUGUACCGCUGCUGUCGACCCAUCGGACCUGGACACGAGUUGUUGCUGUGGUACGAAGAGGAGUUCGCUAAAGAUCUCCACAGCUUCACCUUCAACUACAUCUGGAACAGAAAGUGCUCCGUAAACGGAACGAACACCAUCCUUCAAGUUUUCUCCUGCUCCUCAUGUCCACUUUCUUAUACAUCCAAAAGUUAUCUCCACAAACACAUCAAGAGAUGCCACCACGAGGAAUACGUCCGACUCCUGAAAUCAGGAGAGAUUAAAUACGAGAGUCUGGUGGCCUCGAAGAGCUCCAGUCAGUCUGCCGCGGUGUGCUUGGACGGUCUCGAAGCCGACUCUCCUCGCAUGCAGAUGCAGAAAGCUCCGCUCCAGUGCUCGGAAUGCGGGAAGAAUUUCAUCCAGCGUAAACAUCUGAAAGUGCACCAGCGUGUUCACACGGGCGAGAAGCCGUAUCAGUGCUCGCAGUGCGGGAAGACUUUCACGCAGCGGAGCAGUCUCCAGCUCCACCAGCGCCUUCACACGCGAGAGAACCUGUGUCAGUGCUCGCAGUGCGGGAAGAGCUUCACUCAGCAGAUCCAUCUCCAGGCACACCAGCGCAUCCACACGGGAGAGAAGCCGUAUCAGUGCUCGCAGUGCGGGAAGAGUUUUAGCGAGAAAGGGAGUCUCCGACGACACCAGAACAUCCACACCGGCGAGAAGCCGUACCACUGCUUGCAGUGCGGGAAGAGUUUCAGCGAGUUAGGAACUCUCACGCGACACCAGCGCAUUCACACGGGAGAGAAACCCUAUCAGUGCUCACACUGUGGGAAGAGUUUCAGUGAAAGAGGAAACCUCCGAACACACCAGCGUAUCCACACGGAGGAGAAGCUGUAUCACUGCGCACAGUGUGGGAAGAGUUUUACUCACCAGAGCACUCUCCAGCAGCACCAGCGCAUUCACACCGGAGAGAAACCCUACUGCUGCACCGUGUGCGGGAAAAGCUUUACCCAGCACGGCAGCUUCCAAAAACACCAGCGCAUUCACACCGGAGAUAAACAUUACCACUGUUCUUUCUGUGGGAAAGGUUUUACUUACCAGAGCGCUCUCCAAAGACACCAGCGCUUUCACACGGGCGAGAGGCCGCAUAAGUGCGCACAGUGUGGGAAGAGUUUUACUCUACCGGGCGGUCUCCAGCUUCACCAGCGCAUUCACACAGGAGAGAAACCGUACGAGUGCCCACAGUGUGGAAAGAGCUUUAGCGAGAAAGCAGCGCUUCGUAGACACCAGCGCAUUCACACCGGAGAGAAACCCUAUCCCUGCGUACAGUGCGGGAAAAGUUUUACUGAGAAAGCAGCUCUUCAGAGACACCAGCGCAUUCACACCGGAGAGAAACCGUACCACUGCUUGCAGUGCGGAAAGAGUUUUAAUCAACAGAGUCAUCUGGAAAAGCACCAGCGCAUUCACACCGGAGAGAAGCCGUACCACUGUUUACAGUGCGGGAAGAGUUUCAGUCAGCUGAGUAACCUCCGAAAACACCAGCGCACUCACUCAGGACAGAAGCUAAAAAAUUACCACUGCACGUUCUGUGGAAAGGGUUUCAUUUACCAGAGCAGCCUCCAACAACAUCAGCACAUUCACACAGGUGAGAGGCUGUAUCAGUGCUCAGAGUGUGGGAAGAGUUUUACUCUACAGAGUAGUCUCCAACUACAUCGGCGCGUUCACACAGGAGAGAAACCCUACGAGUGCCCACGGUGUCUAGAAAGUUUUAAUGAUCAGAUUGAUCUCCAAGCGCACCAGCGCAGUCACAGAGGAGACAAACCGUUUGAGUGCUCACAGUGUGGGAAGAGCUUCAGUGAGAGAGGAGCACUUCAAAGACACCAGCACGUUCAUACAGGAGAGAAGCCCUAUCACUGCUUAGAAUGUGGAAGGAGUUUUUCUCAACAGUGUAAUCUUCAAAAACACCAGCGCAUUCACACAGGAGAGAAACCAUAUCACUGCUUACAGUGUGGAAAGAAUUUUAGUGACCGGUGCAAUCUCCAAAUACACCAGCGUAUUCACACUGGAGAGAAGCCGUAUCACUGCUUGCAUUGUGGGAAGAGUUUUAAUCAGCAGAGUAAUCUCCAAAAACACCAGCACAUUCACACGGGACAGAAGCCGUAUCGCUGCUCAGAUUGUGGAAAGAGUUUUACUCAACAGAGUAAUCUCCAAAAACACCAGCGUAUUCACACGGGAGAGAAACCCUAUCGCUGCUCACAGUGUGGAAAAUGUUUUAAUCAACAGAGUAAUCUCCAAAAACACCAGCGCGUUCACACGGGAGAGAAACCCUAUCACUGCUCACAUUGUGGAAAGAGUUUUAGUGACCGGUGUAACCUCCACACGCACCAGCGCACAUCCCACACAUAACAAGUGAUAACUGUUUCAGAAAAAUUGGCAUGUUGUUCUGCAUGUUUUUCUGAAGUCCUGUGAUUGGCUUGUCAUGAUUUGUGAAAUAUAGCGUUUAAAUCUCACACGUUAGCAAUUGCUGAUUAACGAUAGCAUUUUAUUAUUGUUUUAUAAAUUCCCUUCUCCUUCCUGUUCUCUUCUCCAUGAUCUCAUUCCCUCUGUCCAAUGGUCGCAGCGUCUCCAUCUCUCAAGUGAUUGCAGCUGCUCUAUAUAUUAUACAUCUCAGCCGGUUGGUCUCUCUGUCGCAGCCCCUUGAUCUAUUGAGGAUUGCAGCUACAUGGUCCCCAGAGGAUCAGAACCACUUGGUCUCUCAAGGACCGCAGUCUUUUGGCUCUGUUGAGGAUCACAGCCUCCCAGUCUCACAAAGGUUGCAGCCCUUCAGUCUCAGAAGGAUCGCAACCACUCAAUCAUUCUAGGAUCGCAGCUCUUUAGUCUCACAAGGACUGCAGCCCCUCGGUCACUCUGGGAUCCCAUCCCCUCGGUCACUCUGGGAUCCCAGCCCCUCGGUCACUCUAGGAUCGCAGCCCCUCAGUCACUCUAGGAUCGCAGCUGUUUAGUCUCACAAGGACUGCAGCCCUUCGGUCACUCUAGGAUCACAGACCCUCUGUCACUCUAGGAUUCGCAGCCACACGGUCACUCUAGGAUCGCAGCUCUUUAGUCUCCCAAGGACUGCAGCCCCUCGCUCACUCUAGGAUCGCAGCCCCUCGCUCACUCUAGGAUCGCAGGCCCUCGGUCACUCUAGGAUCGCAGGCCCUCGGUCACUCUAGGAUCGCAGGCCCUCGGUCACUCUAGGAUCGCAGGCCCUCGGUCACUCUAGGAUCGCAGCCCCUCGGUCACUCUAGGAUCGCAGCUCUUUAGUCUCCCAAGGACUGCAGCCCCUCGCUCACUCUAGGAUCGCAGCCCCUCGCUCACUCUAGGAUCGCAGCCCCUCGCUCACUCUAGGAUCGCAGCCCCUCGGUCACUCUAGGAUCGCAGCCCCUCGCUCACUCUAGGAUCGCAGCCCCUCGGUCACUCUAGGAUCGCAGCCCCUCGGUCACUCUAGGAUCGCAGCCCCUCGGUCACUCUAGGAUCGCAGCCCCUCGGUCACUCUAGGAUCGCAGCCCCUCAGUCACUCUAGGAUCGCAGCUCUAUAGUCUCACAAGGACUGCAGCCCCUCGGUCACUCUAGGAUCGCAGCCCCUCGGUCAUUCUAGGAUCGCAGUCAUAUUUAUUUGAGAGUACUCUUGGUAUAAAUUGUUGCAUUUUACAUUGCUGUCGGUCUUGACUUUGUGUUAAUAUAUUAUUUAUUUGUUUGUUUUUUCAGAACCACCGUAAGUAGGAUGGAACAUGCUUACUAAACUAAAGUAUUUAACAGCAGUAUAUGUUUUUGAAUAAACAAGAUUCCCUACUGUACACUUUAUUUCUUUCCUGUUUCUUCUCUUUAUUUUAGUAUUGUGCAUUCAGGCUGUCAAAUCUCUUCAGAAAUUACAUUAAAAUCUCAGUUUAUUAAAACGUAGUUCUCAAAUGGAUUUGAAUAUUAAAUUAUAGUGAUUGUUAUAGUACCAGUUAUUAUUAA